AUGGCGUCGGCGGCAAUUCAUCAACCCCAAGGUCAUUCCACCUCAUUUGAGCCAUUCCCUGCGAAGGUGCAGGCGACCUUCAUCACUCAGUCUAUCAAGCCACAUCAUAUCAACACUUCGUUGAACUACUACAAGGAUCCUGGUGAUGGCAGUGAACCUGCUCCAACAUAUGUGGGAAAGCCUGAGACAUAUGAGCGUCCUGUUGAGCCUCUCGAUGUGACCGUUCACGAUAUCAGAGGAGAGGAAAAGAAGUACACUCUUGACUCCACUGGCUUCCAGAUCCAUGGCCACAAGAGCGCCGAGAAAGACUUCAUCGACGACGCUCAAAUAAAAGCUGUCUACUAUCCUGAGACCGAGCAGCUUCUGAAAGACGUGACUGGCGCAUCUCGUGUUUUCAUCUUUGACCACACCGUCCGCCGAACACCAAAGGAUCCACAGUCGCCUGCGACCCCGCUUCGUGGUCCAGUCAAUCGUGUCCACAUCGAUCAAUCAUACAGUGCAGCGAAGUCUCGAGUCCCCCAUCAUCUUCCAGAUGACGCAGAGAAACUUCUGUCUACUCGGUACCAGAUUAUCAAUGUCUGGCGCCCGAUCAAGAAGAUUCUGAAGGACCCGCUUGCUGUCGCUGAUGCCAAUUCGGUCCCUGACUCGGAUCUUGUUGGCAUUGCUUUGAUCUACCCUGAUCGACGAGGUGAAACAUACACUGUGAAACCGAACAAAGAGCAUAAAUGGUUCUACCUGUAUGGACAAACUCCAGAGGAGGUAAUGUUAAUCAAAUGCUUCGAUUCCAAGCUGGACGGUCGUGCUAGGCGUGUGCCACAUACAGCAUUCGUGAACUCGGCUACUAUUGAUGAAGAGGCGAGAGAAAGCAUUGAAGUGCGUGCACUGGUCUUUCAUGAAGAUCAGCCGACAGAGUAG